UUGCAGUGCACAAUGGCAACUCUUAAGGAAAAACUCAUUGCACCAGUUGCAGAAGAGGAGACAACGGUCCCAAACAAUAAGAUCACUGUAGUGGGUGUUGGACAAGUUGGCAUGGCGUGUGCUAUCAGCAUUCUGGGAAAGUCUCUGGCUGAUGAACUUGCUCUUGUGGAUGUUUUAGAAGAUAAGCUCAAAGGCGAAAUGAUGGAUCUGCAGCACGGGAGCUUAUUUCUUCAGACACCUAAAAUUGUAGCAGAUAAAGGUAACUUUAUUUCAUGUUUUGAUUCAGAGUUGUAUGAUCUAAUAUUAAAUUGUUUUUUUCUAAAACAAGAAAAUAACAUUUGGAAUGCAUCUUAGAGCCUAAUGAACUUAUUUUUAAUUAGAAAAAGUGUAGGUUUUAGAACAAGAAAAAUAAAAAUUGUGAUUUAUAGCAUUGUUUGGUUUACCCCCAAAAUAUUUGUACAUAGUAAUUUGAUGGACAUCCUUACAUAUGUUACCUGGAAGCUCAGUGGAUUACCCAAGCACCGAGUGAUUGGAAGUGGGUGUAAUCUGGAUUCUGCUAGAUUUCGCUAUCUUAUGGCCGAAAAACUUGGCAUUCACCCCAGCAGCUGUCAUGGAUGGAUUUUGGGAGAACAUGGCGACUCCAGUGUGGCUGUAUGGAGUGGAGUGAACGUGGCAGGUGUUUCUCUCCAGGAACUGAAUCCAGAAAUGGGAACCGACAAUGAUAGUGAGAACUGGAAGGAAGUGCAUAAAAUGGUGGUUGAAAGUGCCUAUGAAGUCAUUAAGCUAAAAGGAUACACCAACUGGGCCAUUGGAUUAAGUGUGGCUGAUCUCAUUGAAUCCAUGUUGAAAAAUCUAUCCAGGAUUCAUCCAGUGUCAACAAUGGUGAAGGGGAUGUAUGGCAUUGAGAAUGAAGUCUUCCUGAGCCUUCCGUGUAUCCUCAGUGCUCGGGGAUUAACCAGUGUUAUCAACCAGAAGCUGAAGGAUGAUGAGGUUGCUCAGCUCAAGAGAAGUGCAGAUACCCUGUGGGACAUCCAGAAGGACCUGAAAGACCUGUGACUAUUGCGUUCUAGGCUGGUAGAAAUUUAAAAACUACAAUGUGAUUAACCAUGAGCCUUUAGUUUUUGUCCAUGUAUGUGGAUCACAGUUUGCUUUUAUCUUUGCUAAUAUGUGAAUUCGGGCUCACAGAAUUAAAACCCAUGCUUGGUUUAAUGUUUGCAAUAGGAGCCCUUAAUCAAAUAAAACUAACUAUUGUAGUGUG